GGAGAAACUGCUUUGCAUAAAGCUAUUAGAAGUGGAAGCAUAGAAUGUGCUGCAAUUUUAUUAUUAAAAAAUGCUGAUAUAAGAUUUUUCUACUACAAAGACCCAGAAUUUCUAGAGGAAAAGUUGCAUAAUAUUAAUGAUCAGAGUCCUAGUGAAUUAGCAACAGUAUGUGGUAAUUCCAUUUUAACAGUAUUAAUGGACAAGAUUAAUGAAUGCAUUGCUACAAAAAAUUUGACAGAUGCAGAAAACAUCUUGCAAACUGUGAUGAAAAAUUUUACUGCUGAAUUUCAUUUGCCGCUUUCUAUUCUGUCAGAAAUUAAAUCUAUAAAUAAUGAUAUAAAUUCAGUAGAAAAAGACUGUUCCAAUAUGCAGUAUGAAAUUUCUUCGCAAAAUAUAAAAAACAGUAGGAAAAGAUCAUUUACUGAAGAUGAUUCAGAAAUUUCAAAAAGAAAAAAACUAAAUGAAUCUGAACUCUAUUCCAAUCCAUCAGUGCUUUGUAAUAGUACUUCUGGUAUACCUUCUGAGGAACCAAUGAUACCAUGUAUUGUUCAGCAUCAAAGUUCAUUUGGAAUUCAAAUGCUUCAUGACAUUAAUAGACAUGUACCUCGUUGUUUUGGUCACUAUAUUUAAAAUACUCUUCAGUAUAUUAUAAUGUUAAGAAAGGUAAUAAUAUAUAUCAUUAUAAAAAAUAUAUAUAUUAUAUCAGUUAUUUGCUGAAUUCUCAUCACAUUUCUUUUAAUUAAAUUUUCUGAAUUUUAAUGAGUAUUUUGAUAAAUACACACAAUUUUUAUGUUUUGUAUUA